CGUCAAUAACCCGCACUUCGGACAGGACGAAGUGAGAAAAAAAAUUUCUUCGUAGACUAUUCAUUUCAACAGGAAGCGAGGACCGUAGAAGCGAUAAAGUAAAUCUCACAGCACACAGCCAUAGCCAUGUCGUGCCUCGGCGGGCACAAGCAGGGCGAGCUGAUGUACAUGACCCAGUACGACCUCGCCCGCAUUCCUGAACUGGCCGAAAUCGUGUUCAUCCCCUCUAUUGCCAUGUCGGGCGGCAAGCCGCAGCUCCGCACCGACCCCGAUCUUAUGGACUCACGGCUGCACGCAUACUUUCCCGACCGCUCUGCCUACCGCACCGGUCUCGAGAGGGCAAACGAAAUCCUGCGGGAGAACUGGGGAGCGGACGGGUAUGUUAAUGUACUUACACUGUUUUGAAAAGUUUUUGUUUUUCACGACCGUGACGACGAGUUGAGUUGGGCCGCCAGGUCCUUCGGUUUAUCCAUAGUACUCAAAUGGAAAAAAAAGGUACUGGCACCGGCUGUCACCAAAAGGCACGGAGUUGAUGCGAGAUUGCUGCAGGUCAAUGAGCAAGUAUCGGAAAGAAAAAGACCACUAUACUACGACCUAUUUUUGUCACCAGCGUCGACACAGUCAGAUUUAUCUUGCAGAGAGCGAGACAAUGUGAAUGCUCUUCUUCUUUUUUUUUUUCAUCUUCAUCAAGCGAGUCUUCUAUCGGAGUCAUUUUGGAUCAUGUUAGAGUGGCUUUUUCCUUUCAUAGAAGGAGGGGAAAUAUGAAAUGCAAAAGCAUCGUACUAGUGUAAGUCGCAUGACAAAGCUCCUCUUUCAUCUCAGCAUGAGAAAUAAGAUUUGUGAUGCGGAUUUAACUUGAGAAAGAGAUUUGUAAUACAUGACUGCGAUUACUACGAGUACGAUAUUUUUGCACCGGAUAGGAAAGACCGAGCUCCAAUUUUGGCUGGACUACAAUCAGGACAUGUGCAGGUAAGUGCCACGAUUAAAAUUAAAACUUCGUUUAAUUUGCAAUGCGUGUUGUCGCAUCAGGAAUUUGCACUGUCAUGCACAAUGCCAAUGGUGCUUCACAAUAAUCUAUCAUCCUGUAGAUUCGACGUGUUCGCCUGCAGUGUGGAGCCAGCGUUUCGCCUCUGCGUGGUCGUGCCCAUGGAAUUUAACCCGAAGUCGACCCCGGAUGCGCUUGCCGCCGGGGAGGGAAGAGGGGUCUACAAAACGCUCCUGGAGGAACUCCCAUACAGAACGGACAAAGACGUGCGAGAGACGGUAAAAUAAAGCGGAUAGAUUUAUUUUGUCUGCAUAAAAAUUUCCAUUUGCUCCUCGUCCAACACAGCAUGCUAAUCCAAUCGUGGUCAACAUGCUCAUGCAAGAACGCGUUUCUUGCUUGUUUCGCUAUUCUACUACCCGUAGUUGUUCUUGAUCUAUUACUUACUUAUACUGAGCACUCAACCUCAUCAGGCCACCGUGGAGCUGAAAGAUCAGGAAGUCGAGCUCGUGUUGCGCCCGGAUUUCGCGGUGCGCGGGUAUGACUGCGGCGACGGGUGGCUGGAGGUGCCGGGCGAUCUGCGCAACCUGUACCUUCCCCUUUCUGAACUGCAGGAAAUGAAGGAUUUGUCGGGGUUGGCGGAGCCGGGCCAGAAGUCGAUGUAGUGCUAUGAUUGCGGCUGCACAUCAAAGGACCACUAAUGAAAUCAAAUUGGCUUUCUUAUGUUGUUGUGAUGACUAUUUCACUCCAGCUUCAAGUUCAACUUGACUGUAACUGUUGGUGCUGCAAAAGCAUUAGCAUCGAAAAGCUACAGAGGUGAAGAUGACAGAAAAAAAGUUGCAAAAACAUCGUUCCACCUAAUUAUGAAGUAUAGAUUUUUUCCAAAAUAGCGCGUAAUAACUAAGACAUCCAUGCUUUUGGAUGGUGUUUAAGCACCACCGGAGUUGUGGAAGCGAUAUGGGCACCAGUGUCGCGUUUUAAGAUAGAGCACAGUGACAGAAAACAAGUAGCGUUUGCGCGAGGCAUGAAGAACAUGAAUUGUGACAUGAAGCACGUGGUUAGAAUAAGUAAUCACGGGUCGGAAAGAUUGAGAACUUGAAGUAUUUAAACAUUGAAUGCGCAUAGAAAUGAGAUUAAUGCUGCCACUGUAUACCAUCAUGCAUAAGAGAAUGAACACGUGAAGUCGAUAACUCCGAAAAAGAACUCAGUGUAGACACACGAGCCGCCGC